AUGAAGAUAAACGAGAAAAAUUUAUCUGCAUAUUCGACAUCGACGUCGCCAGUGGACAAGGAAGGAUGGCUUUGCAAACGAGGAGAACUUAACAAAGGCUACCAGAAGAGAUGGUUUGUUCUUAAAGGCAACUUGCUCUUCUAUUUUGACAGGAAAAGUGAUAAGGAACCGCUUGGCGUUGUCAUAUUGGAAGGAUGUAGCAUUGAGUUGGCUGAAAAUGAUGAUCAGUUCAGUUUUAAAAUUAUUUUUCAUGGCCCCAAUAAUAGGAGUUAUAUAUUGGGAGCCGAUAGCCAGGAGUCAAUGGAACAGUGGAUGAAGUCAUUGGCUUGUGCCAGUUAUGAUUACAUGAAAUUUAUGGUCGCUGAUUUACAAAGACAACUUAAAGAACUGGAAGAAACACCUGUUCGAGUAACUCUUCAAGUACCAAAUAACCAAGUAACUAAAAAAAAAGAAUCAAGUGGCCAAUCAUCACCACAGCCACCUCCCAGAGGUCGUAAUAAUCCUUUCAAUAAGCCAGUGAAUAGUCAUCAAUCUCCUCAGCGUAAAGAUAUAGUUUCAUUCCGUAAGACAUUCAAAGAAUUACACAACCAACUUGGCAGACCUAUACUUAGAGAUAGAAAUGAAUGGAGGUUCGGAUUGAUGAAACAAGAAUUAAAAACUCAAGAACCACUCAUUACAUUAUGA